GAAGCUGAGGGUGAAGUGAAACAUGUACAUUCAGUCCUAAAACUGACAGUUGUUGAUACAUAUUUGCAAUCUGUGUAUUAUUUAGGCUUUAAUUACAUGUUAUAGCAGCAUAAUCUGAAUGUGUGAGACACAUAAAUAAAAAAAUAAAGCCUGAUUUUGCUGAUCAGAUGCACAAGCUUCCUCAUUUGUGAGCAAGCUCUGACCUGAAAUGAAACAGGAGCACCAGGAUCUCAUCCUGCAGGUGUGUGGAGCGUCAUCCCUGCGUGUCGGUGCCAACAUCCAGACACUGUGGAGCGGUUAUGGGGAGAUCGUCCGGCUGCACCUGGAGGGCUGCGAGCGGCCCUCUGUGGUCGUCAAACACGUCAAGUUUCCAGAGGAGACCGAGCACCCUGGAGGCUGGAACACAGACCGCUCCCAUGCACGUAAAGUCAGAUCCUACCAGUUGGAGACACACUGGUACCAGAACUACUCCACCAAUCAGAGCUGUCGGAUCCCUGCCUGUCUGGCUGCCUGUUCCCAUGGAGACGAGAUGCUGAUCGUGCUGGAGGAUCUGGAUGUGGCUGGUUAUGAUCAGAGAAGGACCAGUGUGAAGGACAGAGAAAUAAAGACUUGCCUCAGCUGGCUUGCCCACUUCCAUGCUCUCUUCCUGGGUGUGGCACCAGACGGCCUGUGGCCUAUCGGCACCUACUGGCACCUGGAGACCCGACCAGACGAGCUGGAGGCCAUGGACGAUGCUCAGCUCAAAGCAGCAGCCAGCGACAUUGACAGGAUACUCAACGAAUGUCGCUUCAAGACCAUCGUUCACGGAGAUGCCAAGUUAGCCAACUUCUGUUUCUCCCAGAGUGGACGGGACGUGGCAGCCGUUGACUUCCAGUAUGUCGGUGGGGGAUGCGGGAUGAAAGAUGUUGUGUAUUUUUUAGGAAGCUGCAUGGACGAGAGGCAGUGUGCAAAGAAGGUUCCAGGCCUGCUGGACUACUAUUUCACAGAAUUAAAGCAAUCUGUGAAUAAAGAUGUGGACUUUGUUGCCCUGGAGAAAGAGUGGAGGGAGAUGUUUGCAUUUGCAUGGACAGAUUUUCAUCGAUUUCUGCUGGGAUGGAUGCCUGGACACUGGAAGAUCAACCGGUACAGUAAACAAUUGACGAAGGAGGUUAUUCACAAACUGAAACUGCACCCAGAACCAACAACGUUUUAACAAUAGACAACCAAGAAGAGUGUGUGGCUGAAAGGAGACCAGUUUGAACCUGAAAAUCUGUGAAUGUUAAAAUGAAUCACGCACAAACACCUGUGUACAGUGAAGCAUGCUUAUCAAAACAAUCCUGGAUAAAUAAAAGCUUGUGAAAAGGCUCAGGCUUUUCUUACCUAUACUGCAGCUCUUGAAAGUGAAAGUGACAAUGCUGAGAACAGAAAGGUUACUGGAGUGGAAACCCCUAAAUUAAUUUCAACUACCCAUUAAAUCCUGGAAGAUUUAUAUCAAUCUUUUCAUUCCUGUUUAUAGUUUUGGGUCUUGGACCAUGGUUGGGCAAAACACACUGUUUUAAGGACUCUGGGAAAUUGUGAUGGACAUUUUUCACAAUUGUUUGACAUGUUAUUGACGAAACAUCAAGUAAUCAAAAAUAAAUCCAAAGAAGAAU